AGUCCAGUGUCUCAAAGCCAACAACAGUGCACAGUCGAGGCGUUUCACAGGCUGCCAAAGUUGCUCCUACGGCGGUCAUGGCGGCGCCGUUAGCCCACUUCGAUGAGGACUGGCAGGAUUUUAACGAAUUUAAGCCGUCCCUCGAGUCGGCGGAGCAGCUGGACCAGCUUAACUCCAAUGUGGGCGAUCCGGCGUCGGGCCUAGACGAUUUCUCCGACCUGGACAACAGUUUCUCUGGGGAGAUCUGCAGCUUCAAAUCGAUGGAGGACCUUGUCCAUGACUUCGACGAGAAGCUGACAGUGUGUUUCCGAAACUACAACACAACGACGGAAAACAUUGCCCCCAUUAAACCCAUAACAGAGGACAAUUACUUGAAAGACGACGAGGUAUGGAACGCACUGACAGACAACUAUGGCAACGUGAUGCCGGUGGACUGGAAGACAUCACACACUCGCUCCCUUCACCUGCCCACCCUCAACCUCAUUGAGCUUGAGAAGCUGGAUAACCAGUCUCUGGAUCUGUCUGAUGACGAGGAGCUGAGGGAGCAGAUGGAUAUGCACUCAAUCAUUGUCUCCUGCAUUAACGACGAGCCACUCUUCACAGCUGAACAGGUGAUCGAGGAGAUUGAAGAGAUGAUGCAGGAGUCUCCAGACCCUGAGGAUGACGAAAGCCCCUCCCACUCAGAUCUGUCCAUGCUCUCUCAAGACCUUCAUGGUCUGAAACGCUCAGGCUCUAACACCAGCUACGAGGACCGGCUGCGACAGCUGUCUGUGUCUGAGCUGACUGAGACUCUGGAGGAAGUGGAAACAGCCAUCCGUCGCUACAGCGAGGAACUGAUCCAAGCCUUGGCUCUGAGAGAUGAACUAGACUACGAAAAGGAGGUGAAGAACAGCUUCAUCUCGUUGCUGAUCGACGUUCAGAACAGACAGAAGGAGCACCGGGAGCUGCUGCGCAAGAAGAAGAAAAUCCGAAGUGCAGCUACGACGGGGCCCAAUGGCCAGAGGAUAGUCAGCACACACAUACCAGGCACGCUCCUCACUCUGGAGGGACUCUCCAAUGUCAUUCAAAAUGGCAUCCGUCAAACUUUUGGCACCACAGGAGGGGACAAGCAGUACCUGACCACAGUAAUCCCUUAUGAGAAGAAAGCUGGCUCUCCAUCUGUUGAAGACCUGCAGAUCCUCACAAAGAUCCUCCACGCCAUGAGGGACGACAGUGAGAAAGUACCUGCCCUGCUCACAGACUACAUCCUCAAAGCUCUGGUAUGAGAGCAGUGGAGACGGAGUUCUUUGUCCAACAUAAAGCCAAAGGCGCGGCGUCCUCCUUCCAGAACUUCAUCGGAACAUCAGAACAGUUAUGGUCUUCUGGAAUCAGUCAAAUUCUCUUCCCUAUUUUUCAAAACAGACUUUUUCCCCUUGUGGCAUUUUUUUUUUUUUUUUAACUCUGCCACAUUGUUGUUGUUCCUGAGAUCUGACUUUUAGAUACAACUCCUCAGUCUGUAAAUUUGUUUUUAUUUAAUCUUUUAACUUUUUAAUGCCUGAUUGCUACCACCCUGUAUAUCCGGACUGCAUGAUGACUUAUCUAUGGAUGCCAGUAAUCAGUAUUAGUCCUUCCUGAUUAGCAAGGUGAAAAGUCCAGGAACAUUCAGGGUUUUUUUUUUCCACCAGCAGGUCUAUGUGAUGGAAAUGCAGUCCAGUCCUUCUGUUUUGUAAAUCGAAUGCAUUUGCAUCUCUGUAUUUCACACGUGACAAUGAAAACAAGCCCUGGCUGGAUCUCUGAAUACACCAGGCCCGUCUUAGUGCUGAACAUAAGCCCUGUUUGUCUUCACACAGACAAACAGGGUUUAUGCUUUUAUGAUGUUUUUUAAAGCGAUGGCGUACAAUGUCUCGGGGUUGAAACUCAGCUCGCUAAUGAUCAAAGAGCAAACCCUUUAAUUUACCAAACAUCCAGAAUUGAAGGUUUUCGCCUGUUUCUUGCAUGUUGGUUUUGGGAAUGUGCUCAGUUUCAGCUUAUAGUGGAAUGUUUUAGAUGAAAUAUUUUGUAUACAAUUCAGUGAAAUUGCACAAUUUUUUUUCGAGAAGGGGGGAAAAAGUAAAACGACAUAGAAGGUAAUAGCUGGAUGAACAAACACAAAGGAUAUUUUUGGAUACAGAGUUGUUUUUAGUGACAUAAGGGACUUUCCAGUAGCCUCAUGUGUAAAUGCUGUCAAGUUGUCUCUGAGCCCUCCAGUAGUGACCCCCCCCCCAACACGACCACCACCACCACUCCUACAACACGCUCACUUCACAUGAGUCUGCAGAUACCUCAUGGAUGAUAUUUUGCAUUAGUAGACGAUGACCCGCAUGGUCAUAUCAUAGGUAAAUUAGUGUAUUUAGUACGAUAUUAAAAUCCUAGGUUUGAUGUUAUUGUAGUUAAGCUUCUGUCAUAAGUUGUGGGUCUUUCUAUCUGUCAGGCCCUUUUAACUGUUAAGUACAUUGUCUGGAUUUUGUGGUAGCACUUUAGUCCGUAACCUGCUCAUGUCAUAGUGGAAUUCGUGAUGGUCGUACACCUCACUAGAUAAAUGUUAGACGAUGUUUAGAAGCUGGUUGUGCAGAAAACAGCGUCUGAUGUCAGUCGUUUUCACGCUUCCCGCUUACGUCACUAAACACCACGAGCACGUUAACACAUGAAACAUUCGAGGUCACCCUUAAAAGACGUACAAUCUAGGAGCGCAUGUUUGCUCGGUACAGUAACUUUUCAGAUCACCAGCUGCUACAGGUGCACCACACACUGCCAGAUCAGGUCUAGUCUAGUUCUCAGGUACCAUCAUCAGUGUUACUAGUUGAAACUCUCGUUGUUAAUGGUACUGACAUUCCUGAAUCUGUCUCCGAUCGUGUUUUUUCUGUGACGUCACACUCUGGUUAAAUAAUUUCCAGAGUAUCCGAACUCUUUACAGCCUCUCGACUAAAUCAGGGUAGCAUUACAGAGGUUGAUUUUUUAAUACUUAGCUGAAAAGAAGUCUAGACUUUGCUUGGUAGUAGCUAUAGAUAGAAAUGCAAUGGCACUGGUUCAGUAGCAUCUGGUCGGUGUAGCAGCGUAGCGAUAAUAGCGCAGACACUUACAGCUUUCAAAAACUAAUUUAUAAGGCUAGAUGUUAAAAAUGUUGAUGAGACUGACUUGGAAAAAAGUACACGCAUGGCCAGAAGAAAAGGGUUUAAGAUGAAGAAAAGGGAUGUGAUACAAAUUACAGCUGCUGGAGAAAAUUGCACAAACAGUUGCUAAAAUUUGAGGGGUCCAUUUAUUCUUUUGAAACAAGAAAAAUGUCAUAGUGCUGUAUUUAUUUUUACGUAACGGCCAUUGUUUCUACUGUUGCCAGCUUUGAGAGCUUUCACAAACGAGCAUGUGCUGCAUGCACUUUACCGCUGCGUACACGUUUAUUAAUGUGAUGGAUUUGUUUUUUAAUGAACAUGUUAAUGAGACACUAAAAGGGACAAAUGCACGUUGCAAUGAAAUCAGAAAAUCAGUUAUUUUAUUAAAAAUGCUUUAAGGCAAACUUAAACACAGUGACAUGAUAGCAUUUAAGCUUCUGAUCAUCUGGUAUCAAAAGCUAAACUGAAAAAGGUUGUUUCCAUCAAAUAAAUUUAUUACAGCAUAGGUGAUUUUUUUUUUUUUUUUGUACUUUAUUUUUUAUUUUGUGGUGAAAAGGCAGUCAGCAUGUAGAUGACUGAAGGGUCUCGUCUCAGGCCAGAAAACCUCAUCUGGUCUUUUUUAGCAAACAUAUCAGUGUAACUACAAUUUAGAGAUUUAUAUUUCUAUCAAAGCAAGCAAGAUUAAAAAGAGGCUGCCUUUGUAAAUGCCUGAAAAUUUUGUACAUUAAACCAACACCUUUUUGUUUUUAAUACAGUGUAAUUCCCUGGUUUAGGGGUUUUUAUGUUUACUGUCUCAUGUGGUACUGCAGUAUAUUAAUUUAUUAUGUAAAUGUCUGUUUUAUAACCAUAUUAUUGACUGUAAUGGUACAAGUGUUUGUGCCCACAAUGCAUCGCAACUCAUUUCAAAUAAAUUAAUAUGUGAAAA